UCUAUCUAAAUAACAUACUUUAUUUGGUGAAAAAGCUUAAAUUUAGCAGAUUUUGACAAAUUAAUAAACAUAGAAAAAUUUAGUGUUCCAAUUCCGGUUUGGACCUCCCAGUAUAAAUGCUAUCUUGGCUCCGGUGGUAGAAGAACAUUACUACACAUGGUUACUUUGCGUUAACCGCUUGCACGUGUGUAAUGCUUUAUUGACAAACAAACGCCAAGCGUAAGUUUUGUUUAUUUGGUUCAUUUUUUAAUAUAGUAUAUAUAUUAAAAAUAAAAUGGAUCCAGGCAUCUGCUAUAUUAAACCAGAGUAUUUAGUACCAGAAGUGCGGGUCGCCGAAGUUGACGCGGCAACUAAUAAACGUAAGUCGGUAGAUUCGCAGGCUCAAAAUGAUGAAAGCGGUGGAAAUAGUAAAUAUCAGAAGACUGGUCAUAAGGGCAGGAAACGUGGACAAAAUAAGAAGCGUCCAGUUUAUAAAGACGACCGCGCAUCGCAACUUUGUAAUUCAUUGAUAAAUGGAGAUACUACCAAUAAGUGUAGUGACCAAAACUGCAUUUUUGUGCAUAAUUUGGAGGUUUUUAUGUCUGAAAAAGCUGAGGAUAUUGGUGAUGAAUGUCCAAUUUUCAAAGCAAAAGGCUAUUGUAUGCGUGGUGUUACUUGCAGAUUCGCAAAGUCGCAUUUAGAUGCUGACGGUCAUAAUAUUAAAGCGACGCAUUAUGAUGAAACAAAGGGUCCUACGACAUUUAAUGGCAUUAAACCAGAACUUCAAAAUUUGUUGCGGAAACGGGAAUAUGACUUCAAAAAGUGUAAGAAUCUUCUUGCUCAAUUCGAAGAGAUACGUGACCAAAAACUUAAAAUAACUAGACAAAUAGAAGGUGACGGAAAGGUUCCUGUUGCUGUACCUCUCGGCUUAGGAUCAUACUUUAAUUUAGGCAACAGAGAUGGAGAUAGAAACCCGCCAAUUGAUUUUUCAAAUAAGUUAAUUCUUUCACCCUUGACUACAGUUGGUAAUUUGCCAUUUCGUCGUAUAUGCAAAGAGUUCGGUGCGGAUAUAACUUGUGGUGAAAUGGCUUGUGCAAUACCAUUAUUAAAGGGUUUAAAACAGGAAUGGGCUUUAACAAAACGCCAUGAAUCUGAAGAUAUAUUUGGUGUUCAAUUAUGUGGUAACAAUCCUACAUCAAUUGCGCAAGCAGCCCAAUUACUGCAGGAAACUACAAAAGUUGAUUACAUUGACUUAAAUAUCGGCUGUCCUAUAGAUUUAAUAUAUCAACAAGGCGGUGGUAGUGCACUUAUGCGCCGUACUAAUAUAUUAGAACUGACUGUACGUACCUGUUCGGCAUUAUCCCAAAAGAUACCAUUCACGGUAAAAAUGCGCACGGGCGUAUAUAAGGAUAAGAAUCUAGCACACGAUUUGAUACCCCGCGUUGAAGAAUGGGGGGCAACAGCUGUGACAUUGCAUGGUCGCUCACGUGAACAACGUUACUUAAAAAGCGCAAAUUGGCAGUAUAUAGAAGAAUGUGCAAGUAAGGUCAAGCGUAUACCAGUUAUUGGAAAUGGAGAUAUAUACAAUUUUGAGGAUUACAACGCAUGUCUGCAAACUGCACCGCAUGUUUCAUCUGUGAUGAUUGGUCGUGGUGCUCUAAUUAAACCUUGGAUUUUUAAAGAAAUAAAAGAACAAAAACAUUGGAUGCCUACUUCCACAGAACGAUUUGAAAUAUUAAAGAAAUAUGUAAACUAUGGUUUAGAACAUUGGGGUUCUGAUACAAGAGGUGUGGAAACUACACGUCGUUUCUUAUUGGAAUGGAUAUCAUUUUUGUAUCGAUAUGUGCCUUAUGAGUUGUUAGCAAAUCCUCCACAAAAAAUUAAUCAACGACCACAAUAUUUUCGUGGUCGUGAUGAAAUGGAAACACUUUUGUUGUCAUCAAACUCGCAGGAUUGGAUGAAGAUAAGUGAAAUGCUAUUAGGGAAAGGACCGGCAGGUUUCACUUUUGUGCCAAAACAUAAAGCUAAUUCAUAUUAACUAUAUAUAGUAUGUAAGAAAUAUAUUACUGUUAUCUUUUGUUAAAUUAAAUAUCAAAAUCCUGCAACUACAAAUGCAUUCUGAAACUAUAGGAAGUAAGGCUACUGUGGUAUUUGUGUGUGUUAUUACUGGUUACCAACCAAUAUUUAACAACGCGGAAUAGACGUAAUAUCAUCGU